GGGAACGCGGUUACCGCGGAAACCGCGACCAUGGAGGCGACUCGGCCAGUCUCUAGUGGUACAGUGCAGCGUGAGAAACCCACAGGCUCUGCGGAUUCGUUGGUCACCCCGACGUCUGUGCCUACUGGGUCUCCCGUGUCUCCUGAAUCUGUCUCCCUGGGGCAAGUCGCCGAGCCACCGGGCAGAAAUCUGUGGGAGCAGAUCUGUGAGGAGUAUGAAGCUGAGCUGCCUCACUUUCCAGAAGGAUAUAUAAUCAAACAAGAAGCUCCAGUUACUAUUUCACUAUUGGAGGAACUGGUUUCCCAUGACUUCGACACAGAGUACUAUUUGCCAGAUUCCCAUUCCACCACCAUCUCAAACACACCCUGUCCUCAAACUAAAUCGGAAACAGUCAACCCAAAAACAUGUUCACCUAGAGAAUAUUUGGAAACAUUCAUCUUCCCAGUUCUGCUUCCUGGAAUGGCCGGCCUGCUUCACCAAGCAAAACAAGAAAAGUGUUUUGAGAGGAAAAGAACCAAAUUCAUUGCCUGUGAUUUUCUGACCGAGUGGUUGUACAACCAAAAUCCAAAGAGGUUAAGGGAGCCGUUCACAGAAUUCUUCUCCAUCCCGUGUGUGGAAGAAUGGCUAAAGCACCACCCACGGCCACCAAUCCCACUCUCCCUCCUAUUGACAGAAGAGGAAGCAGCAAUUAUCAUACAAUCCUUCUGGAGAGGCUAUCUGAUUUUCCAGGUUCGCUGUGAUCCUGAGAUUCAAGAGUUGCGUCAGUGGCAGGAGAAACUCCGCGAGGACAAACACAUUCACCAGCGAGUGCAAAUGUUCUGGGCCAAACAAGAACAAAAAGAGCUACCAUGAAAUAGAUGAAUAGCUUUGCUCCACCAUGCUUUUCUACUGUGUUUCUGCCUUGGAGCCAGUUGACCAUGGACUGACACCCCUGAAACUGUGAGCCAAAUUAAACCUGUCCUCCUUUAAGUGGCAGGUGUCAGGUAUUUUUUACCAGCAACAGGAAAGCUGACCAAAAUGAGCAUGCUAAAAUGCAGACUUCUCAGCUCCACUCCUAGUUUCUGAUUCUGUAUAUCUGAAAUGGGGCCUCGAAUGUGCAUUUCUACCUAUUUCCCCAUGCUCCUUGGCCACACUUGAGAACCAGGUCAUAGAUCUGAAAUUCUGCCUGCACAAAUUCACCUACGUUCCUCCCUGUGGGGAUCCAGAGCAGCCCAGCUCUGCCCAGUUGUGCACACCUCUUCCCAAACCUGUAUUGUGUAGUUAGGCUGGUAGCUUGAAAUAGGCAAUGGACAAGGCAAAUGCUGCAAAUCAGGACUUUCGCCACCCCCAGUCAGCCAUCAUGUGCUCAACCCAACCCAUCAGGGUUCACUGGGGAACACUGGGAGAGCAUUAGCAAGGUGCCAGCAUCCUUGGCUGCAAGGGAUCAAUGCCAUCAUUGAUGGGGUCGAGAUGGAUGCAGCAUCUUCACUGUGGCUGCCUGCAGAGCUUCUAUGUAUAUGGGGGGAAAUGUACAUCUUGUACAUUGGAAAGAAAUCCCUGUGAUCACUGGCUCCUACUGUUAAAAAGACUAUUCUGGGUUGAGUUAAUACAGGUUGCAUAUCUCUUGGCUGAAAGGGACUGGAAGUGCUUUGGAUUUCAGAUUUUGGAAGUUUCACAUUUACAUAAUGAGAUCUUGAGGAUGUGACCCAGAUCUAAACAUUAAAUUUAUUUAUGUUUAAAAUAUACUUUAUACACAUAGCUGAAAGGUGAUUAUAUACAAUAUCUUUAAUGAUCUUGUGCAUUUAACAUAGUUUCACAGUGUGGAAUUUUCCACUCACAGCAUCAUGUCAGUGCUCAGAAAGUUUUGGUCUUGGCAUAUUUUGAGUUCUGAAUUUUUAGGUUAGGCGUGCUUAACCUGUACAAUAUUAGUGGUGAACAAAAUCAAAGAAACACAUUAUGUUUUUAUAGUGAUUAAACCAAAAAUAAUGGAGACUCUGGGGGCUCUCAAUAUUUCAAAUUGCCUUCUUGCUCCACGCCUGAGGAAUUUUGCACACUGGCCCAAGAUGGUGUCAGGUAGGAAUGGAGGACUGAUGAAAACCUCCCAAGUCGAGGGAAUUGAUUUCCUUGGAAUGAACUACGGCUGAGACGCCUUGGGAAGUCUGUGUCUACUUUCCGCUUGAAGACUGCUGGCUGGGCUGAGCUGGAGGGAUUCACCCCACUUCUGCCAGGAAAUGCCUGACUUGCAUGGGCCGGGUAAAAGCCCGCCUCCCUGCUCCUGUCUGGCUGAGCAUACACCUUAAGCCAAGCUCACUUUGACCCUCAGCCCUUCAAGGUAAUGGAAUCAAACACCUUUUCUACUAGAAGGAUACUGGUCAUGCUUAUGUGAAGCCUGGGGCCCCGCUGCAGCAACCUUUCAGGCGUUCACGUAGGAGGCAAGUACUUGGCUCCUGGUGACAAAGACAAAUUAAACAUUCAAUGUCUUCGGACAGGGGUGCAGCUCAGUGAUAAGUGCACUUGCCUAUCGUGUGCUAGGCUCUGGGUUCCAUCCCAGCACCACAAAAACAAAAACAAGAAACAGCUGGCCUCGUCGGUGCAUGUGUUUAAUCCCAGCAGUCUAGAAGGCUUGGAAGGCUGCAAGUUCGGGCCCAGCCUGGGUAAUUUAGUGAUUCAGUGAGACCCUGUCUCAAAAAAAGAGGGGUGUGGGGGGAUGGGUGGGGAUGUAGCUCAGUGUAAAACGCCCUGGGUUCAAUCUUCAACACCACACACACAAUUAAAUUACACUAAAAGAAGAGAGAGCCGGGGGUUUAGCUCAGUGGUUCUGCUGCCUGCCUCGAAAGCACAAGGUUCCGAGUUCAAUCCCCGUUACUAAAAAAAUCAAAAAAACAAACAAAAAUAAGAGUUCUUUCCAAAAGGAUCUCUCCUAUCCAUGCAAGGUACUGGGCUUUCAUCGUUCUUUGGGGAGGAGUUUUUGUUGAGAUUCUCUUUACAGACAGUCCCAUGUUUUUCUGAUUGGCAGAUUCAGAACUCACUGGGAUCACAUUCUUGUCUAGACUAGGACAGAGAAAAGAUUCUCUUCUGGUCGCUGACCCCAGCAAUACCCUGAGGUUUUCAUUUUGGGUGGGUGGAGGGGAACAAGUGUGUGGUGAAAGAUUGGGUUGAGUCAAAAGCCUGGACCUAUCAUCACCUUUACUGAAACUUCUUUCUGUCAGUACCUUGACCUGCAAAAUACACUUUCAACCUUUCUCUGAACUGAAAGAAGGGUGGCCUUGGACAGCACUGCUGUGUACCUUCAGGUGCGCUCUUGGAGCACAAUAGACCUGUGUUCCUUCUAGGGGACUGGCAGGGUCAGGACCAGGGCACUCCACGGAUUCUGCUGCAACUGACCUUGUCUACACAUCAGCAUUUCCUGUUUCUAAAUCCCAAGUAUGUCUGCCAAUGGAAAUUGAUCCUAACGCUCUCUUUCAUCUCUCUGCAGUGAAAUGCAAAAUGGAGGACCAGGAGGCGCCUGGAGUCAGGAUCACAUCACCUUAGCCACCCUUGGUAUCUUUUGCCAGCAGGGCACAAAUUACCCUGUGUGUAUGAGGAAAUUGUGCACACUGUGCUUUCUCUAUCACUUCUUUAACGAAAAGACGUAGUGCAUGUGGAAACAAUCAUUUCUGCACACGACAGGAUUUGUCACGAACGUGUUUUAGUGCAAAUAGUUUAGAAAGAAACCAGUCUUAAUUCCUUCAUUAUCCCCACAUUAUUCUUUCAUCUACGUAUUUCUUCAGUGCUUUAGAUGUUACCCUUUCAGCCAAUUAUUCUUAAAAGCCACGAUGGAAUUCUAAUUCCAAGAGAUGAAGUGUCCUUAUUAUCAUUUUCCCCACUUUUGCAGGCUCCGUAUUUUAUGUUUCAAAUCUCUGAGUUUUUUUCUGCUUUUGGCCUUGUGGUAUAUGCUAGGCAAGAGUCCUACCACUCAGUUACACACACCUCAGCUCAAGAUGAGACAUUUAAACCCAGACAGCAAUCACUAAGAAUUUGUGUUGUCUAGGCCCCAUAGUAUUCUAGAAAGUUCCUAUUUCUGUGGGUAAAUUAACUUAUGCCUCUCACUUGUUCUGCGGUUUGCAGUUAAGCAGGAUUCUCCUAUUCACAAAGCCACAGACUCAGCCAAAAGCCUAGGAGGGGUAUGGGAUUGUUUUGAAAAGCAACCACACGUCUUAAGUAAAUA